AUGCAUGCUCAUGAAUCCUCCGCACAAAAAUCAGUCAAUCCUGAUGUAGCCGUUGCCAACACCCGGCCGGCCAAGCUGGGCGGUGAGCCGGCGUUGGACACCGACUCCGCUGCAGCCAAUGCUGUACAAAGCCACGAGGAAGAACGAGAAGAAGCAGCGGGCCGCUUCAGCAGCUCAGACAGCGACUCUGACGACUCUGACGACGUUGACGGUCUCGGCGUCAGCGCCCACACCAUAUCGGCAUCGGGAGCCGCAGCCGCCGCCGCAACCACGGCCACGUUUGCUGCUCCCGGCGAAACCGGUCCGCCGCCCGACAAUGUCAACGAUCUGGAACGGCUGGCUCGCGUCAACAGCGGCCCCGUCUACAGCGUCUUUACUAGCCGCCAGAAGCUCUUCAUCGUCAGCGUCGUGACCAUGACCAGCUUCGUCUCGCCCAUGACGGCCAACAUCUACUUCCCGGCCCUCAACCCGAUCGCGGCCUCGCUCGGCGUGUCCGUCAGCCUGAUCAACCUCACCCUGACAACAUACAUGAUCUUCCAGGGCAUUGCACCGACCGUCUUUGGCGACUUUGGCGACAUGGCCGGCCGCCGGCCCGCCUUCAUCAUCGCGCUCGUCAUCUACUUUUUUGCCAACAUCGGCCUCGCCCUGCAGGACAGCUAUGCCGUCCUGAUGGUCCUGCGCAUGAUUCAGAGCGGCGGCAGCAGUGGCACCCUGGCCCUCAGUUACGCCGUCGUUGCCGACAUGGCCGUCAGCUCCGAGCGUGGCAAGUACAUGGCUUAUGUCGGCGCCGGUGUCAACGUCGGGCCUGCUCUCAGUCCUGUCCUCGGCGGUCUCCUGUCAGAAUACCUCGGCUGGCGCUCCAUCUUUUGGUUCUGCUGCAUUCUAUCUGCCUGUCUGCUGCUCGUCUACGUGCCCUUUGUACCUGAGACGUCGCGCAAUGUCGUCGGCAACGGCUCCGUCCGUCCGCGCUGGCUCAACAGGACCCUACUCGACAUCGUGCGCCAGCACCGCCAUCCCUCCGACCUCCCUCCACCGCCCCGGAACAAACUUCGCUUCCCUAACCCGCUGCGAACCCUCCGCGUCGUGCUCGAGAAGGACAUCUUCCUCAUUCUCAUCUUCGCCGCCAUGCUCUACGUCGUCUUCAUGAUCUGCGUCGCCACCUUGUCCACCAUCUUCGCCGACCUCUACGGCCUCGACAACCUGCAGAUCGGCCUCUGCUAUCUGCCCUACGGUGUCGGCUGCUGCAUCUCUGCCAUCGCACAGGGUCACGUGCUCGACUGGAACUACCGCCGCGUCGCCCGCAACAUCGGCUUCACCAUCGACCACAAGCGUGGCGACGAUCUGUCCGACUUCCCCAUCGAACUCGCCCGCAUACAGCCCAUGCUGCCCCUCAUGGUCCUCGGCAUCUUCGCCGUCAUCGCCUACGGUUGGGUCCUCGAUUUCCGCCAGCCCCUGGCCGCCCCGCUCGUCAUCCUGUUCCUGAUCGGCCUCGGCAUCACCGGCUCCUUUGGCAUCCUCAACACCCUCGUUGUCGACCUGUACCCCCAGGCCCCCGCUACCGCUGUCGCCGGCGUCAACCUAGUCCGCUGCCUCUGUGGUGCCGGUGUCAUGGCCUUUAUCGAAACCAUGCUCGUCCGCCUAGGUCGCGGCUGGACCUUCACCCUGUGGGCCCUGUUGUGUCUAGCCAUGUCUCCCAUUCUCUGGCUCAUCUACCGCCGUGGGCCACAGUGGCGGAAAGAGCGGCGCCUGCGGCUCGAGAAGAAGGCCGCCGAGCAAAAGGACCUCGCAAGACGACAGAAGGACCGGGCACCAGGAACCGUCAUGGAGGUGGAGCCACAGACGUCAGUAGCCACGCAUAUUUCAGAGAAGUAG